UACAGACACAAAGGCUAACGGGAGUACACAGAGAGAGAGGGAAUGUUUCUCCUUCCGUCAGCAGAGGAGAACUGAUGUGCAUCACCUUUACCCAGCUGUUACUCGAUGAUGCCGCUUGCACAGAGGUCAUCUUCCAGCUGUGCCAAGAUGCAAACCAAACUGAGCUCCUGGACUCCUCUGAACCACGCUCCCUCCAACAGCAAGGUGUUUGAAGAAAGGCGGAAACUUCUGUCAAAGUGGUGUGACAGGUGGAGUGACAGCCAGAGGAGGGCGGUGCUGCAGGACUUGGUGCUCAGCUGUUCGGUGGAGCAGCUCCUCUUCCUCAGCCUCAGUGUGAGCAGACGGCUCCCCCUGCAGGCGGCUGACUUCACCUGCCCGCUCCCCCGGGCCCUCUGCCUCUACCUCUUCUCCUUCCUGGACCCCCGCAGCCUGAGCCGCUGCGCACAGGUGAGCUGGAGCUGGAGGAGCUUGGUGGAGCUGGACCAGCUGUGGGGGCCAAAGUGUCUGAGGCUGGGCUGGGGCCUCACCUUCACCCCCACCCCCCUGGAGCAGGGGGUGUGGAAGAGACUCUACAUCCACUCUGUGCAGGAGCUGAGGCUCACCUCACUGCAGGCGUCCUCCCCCCAGCAGCAGUUGGAGGCUCCACACGUCUCCUCCAUCAGUAAACCUGAAGAUCUGUCAGAGGCGGUCUUCAUCAGUGAGGGGGGGGCAGCCUCCCUCAGCCAGCCUCCAGGAAGCAUCUCCAGGACGGGGAUAAGAAAGGAGAAGCAGCCUGCCCCCCCACCCUGGAGAGACUCUGACAGACGUCCUGCAGACACUCUGCGCUUCAACUACCUCGACAACCUGGACCCCCCCGAGCAGGCUCUGAAAAUGCGGAGGACCCUCAGAGCCCCCACCUGCAGCAGCAACACACCAAAGAAAUCCCCGUCUGAGACACACUACAAGCUACGCAGAGCCAAAUCGAUGAUGUUCCUCAGCUCCAACUGCAGACCUCCUCCUCCUCCUCCUCCUCCUCCUCCUCCUCCUCCUCCUCUUCAUUACGAGACUCGACCCUCUUGGGCGUCUCCCAGUCACGACCACCCCGUUACCAAGGAGACGGUCAGCAGCCUGAUGCGCCUCGCCCAGUGGAAUGCAGGGAUGCGCCCGGGGCCGGUGAGGUGGGCGGGGCCCCGGCCCAGGGGGGAGGCGCUCAGGGCGUCCCAGCGCUCUCACAGGAGCCCCCCCAGUGUUCCCCUGUUUGAGGUUCAUCCCUGGACUGUGCCUUUCUCAGACACACACAGAUGAAGCUCAUCGCCUCCAUCAGGAAGACGUCAAAGCUACAGCAUCAAAGGGUGGAGUUUAUAUAUUUUCAACAUGUAAUGCCGGAUACAACUGCAAUCUCUUGGCAAGGUAUUGAGUAAGAACCGCACUGCUAGUGGCAGGCUGAAAAAAAAUGCCAAUUAUUAAGUCAUUUUAACUCAAUAUAUCAUAUUUGUUUUACAUUGUGUGUUUUACUCCAGAAAAAGAUUUACAGAGAACCAUUUGGGAAGAAAAACACUGAAA